AUGCGUUGUUGUGCCCAUAUUUUGAAUUUAAUUGUGCAAGAUGGGCUAAGGGACCUUAAUGAGUCAAUUGUUAAGGUUCGAAAUGUAGUGAGGUGGAAUUCAACUUACUUGAUGUUAGAAAGUGCACUAAAGUUUGUGGCUGCAUUUGAAAGGAUGGAGGAAGAUGAUGGGCAUUUCCUUCGUUAUUUUGAGGAUCCAUCUAGUGGUCCCCCUCGGUUUUUAGAUUGGGAAAAUGUAAGACUUUUUACAAAGUUUCUUGAUAUGUUCUAUGAGGCAACUUUGAGAUUUUCUGGUUCCUUGUUUGUGACUACUAAUGUAUAUUUCCAUGAGCUUGUUAGUCUUCAAGACCAGUUAAAUCAAUUGUGUAAUGGUAGGGGUGAUCCUUUGUUAAAGGGUAUGGCACAAAGAAUGAAAUUGAAGUAUGAUAAGUAUUGGAGAAGUGUUGAUAGGAUAAAUCUGAUGUUGUUUGUGGCUGUUGUGGUUGAUCCUAAAUAUAAAUUGAAAUAUGUGAGGUUUUGGUUUAAGCAAUGGUAUGACAAGGAGAAGGCUGAUGAGUUAGGAUUGAGAGUUAGGGAAGCAUUGAAUAGAUUGUUUAAGCACUAUAGUGGAGCAAUGGAGACCCCAUGUGGUGCUAGUGCUAGUGGGACUAAUGAGUUUGGUAGUAGUGAUGUUGCUACCAUGUCCUCCGUGUUAAGUGGCUUUGGUAGUGCAGAAGAAAGGAUGAAGAGGUACAAUAAUAUUUAUAAACAGCACUUAGCAGAUGAGGAUAGUGUAGAAUGCAAAUUUGAAUUGGAUCGAUACUUGUUAGAAGCUAGUGUAGAUCCGGAGACGGAAGGCUUUGAUAUUCUUGAUUGGUGGAGGGUGAAUUCUUCAAGAUAUAGGAUUCUUUCUCAAGUUGCUCGUGAUGUUUUGGCAAUUCCCGUCUCUACUGUUGCAUCAGAAUCUGCAUUUAGCACAGGGGGUUGUCUUUGA